GUGAAGUAUAGAGAUAGAGAUAGAGAAGAACCUUUCAUUUCUUUUGUUUUUUUUUUUAAUUUCAAAAAUUUUUGCACCCUACAAGACAAUUACUAUCUCUUCUCCCACCUCACGCCUCUCCUGCUCUCAGCCCCUACCCAUCUCUCUCUAUCUCUGUGCUCCUUUUUCAUGUCCCAUUUCCAUAUAUAUUUGUGCUACAAGAGACAAACAUAGCUACUCCAAAAUCAUGGAUUGGCAUACCAACUUAGGAACCUUUGUUUCUCGACCUGAAACCUCCUUUAACUUCCUGUACAACUAUAACCAUGACCAGUAUACUCCAGGAAUGGAUAUGAAGCAUCCUGCAAUGGCCAAGACACCACAUGGGCUGGUUGUUCCGGCAGCUAUGGACAAGAUUAGCUUUGGAAGUAGUCAAGAAAAGAAGAAAAGAUUGACAAGUGAUCAGUUAGAGUCAUUGGAAAGAAGCUUUCAAGAAGAGGUCAAGUUAGACCCUGAUAGAAAAAUGAAGCUUUCUCGUGAACUAGGGCUUCAGCCUAGACAGAUUGCUGUUUGGUUCCAAAAUAGACGUGCUAGAUGGAAAGCUAAACAACUUGAACGUUUGUAUGAUGCACUUAAAGAAGAGUUUGAUGUUGUUUCUGUUGAGAAACAGAAGCUUCAAGAAGAGGUUAUGAAACUGAAAGCAAUCCUCCGGGAGCAAGCGACCAAGAAUCAAGUGUCCACGGGAUACACAGAGAUCUCCGGUGAAGAGACGGUGGAAAGCAAAUCGGUUGCAAUUUGGAGCUCUAGUGGGAAGCCACGUGGAACAAGUCAUCAGCAUCAGAUUUCAGAGUGCAACUAUACGAUGAACGUUGACGAAUAUAACCCAGUAUCAUCACCUUACUGGGCUGUUCUUCCAACUUACCCUUAAUUAAUUAAUUAAUAAACUUACGCUAGCUAUUACUGUUGUUGUUUAUACUUAAUUAAUUAUUAAUUAUGGUAGAGUUAAUUUAGACUAGUACCUAAGUUUAUAUAAUAUAUAUGAUGAUCAAUGUUAGUUUUAUUAGCUUUUUUUAGUGAAGGAAUUAGAUGCAUGGCUUCUGCUGUUAA